GCUCUAUAAAAAGGUCCCCUGCUUUUAUUCAGAGUGUUGGAUCUAUUGCUCAGAGAUGACGCAGAUUUGGGUUCUUGGUGCGGUCCUCUGCCUGUUUGGCUCAGCAUAUGCUGAUGAGGUUUGUUACGAUGGCUUGGGCUGCUUUAGCGACUUGCCGCCAUGGGGGGGCACCAAAGAGCGCCCCCUCGCCAAACUGCCCUGGGUGCCGGGCAUGAUCGAAACGCGCUUCCUCCUCUUCACCCCGAAGAACAAGUACUACCACGAGAUCAAGGCAGACCCAAAAAUAAUGAAGGUCACCAACUACAACAAGCUCAAGGCAACACGCUUCAUCAUCCCAGGAUACCUGGAGGUCAAGGACGAGGACUGGGCCCAGCAUAUGUGCAAGGACAUGCUCAAGUGGGACAGUGUGAACUGCAUUGCGAUGGAGUGGAAGGCUGGCGUUAGAGCGCCGUACGCCCAGGCCGCAAACAACGCCAGGGUGGUGGCGGCCCAGGUGGCCCACAUGAUCAACUUCCUCAUGGGCAACUACAAGCAGACGGCCGAUAAGUUCCACAUUAUCGGACACAGCCUGGGCGCACACGCCGCUGGCGAGGUCGGCAGACUGGUCCCCAAUCUCGCACGAAUCACCGGUUUGGAUCCCGUGGAGCCAUACUUCCAGGGAGCAAGCCGCGACGUGCGCCUGGAUACUAGCGACGCCGCCUUCGUAGACGUGAUUCACACUGAUUCACUACCGUUCACUAAAAACAAGCUUGGUCUAGGGAUGUCUGGGAACAUGGGCCAUAUUGACUUCUACCCCAAUGGAGGGGAGCUAAUGCCUGGCUGCAGCAAGAACAGCGGCAGCCCCAGCAAUCUUGACGGCAUCUGGGAAGGCAACGUGAAAUUUGACGGCUGUAACCACGCACGGGCUUACCAGUACUACAGCGAGAGCACAGUGAAGGCCCACGGCUUCGUGGCCUACCCCUGCCCCGACAAGGAAAGCUUCGCCGCUGGAAUGUGCUUCCCAUGUACCGGGGCCUCCUGUCCCCUGAUGGGUCAGUCAGCUAUCAAGUUCAACCUGACCUCUGUCCCCACCGGGACCAAGUUCUUCCUCACCACAGGAAAAAAAGAGCCUUUUGGUCGGUACAGCUACAGAGCCAAGGUCCUGCUGGAAGGAUCCGUCUGGCCCAACCCUGGCUUCAUGUAUAUCUCCCUGAAGGGAGACCGCGAAGAGACAGAGUCUAUCCAGCUCCAUGUGGGCAUGCUGUCUCCAGGGUUCUAUGAGUUGCUCAUCAACACCGACAAGGAUGUAGGCGAGAUCAAGGAGAUGACCUUCCAAUGGAACAACCAUAUCUUUAACCCCAUUAAGCCCAAAUACAGUGCCUCCAGAAUCGAGCUGGUGCGCGGGAAGGACAAUAAGACAUACAACUUCUGUGGCGGGGAUAGGGUGGGGGAAAAGGUCAUCCAGUCCGUGCCGCCGUGCAAGACAUAGUCUGCCGCUACAACCUUUACAAUAAAACCAUCUUUAUGUUGAAUAUCUUUUCACACGUUUGCUCAAAUAUUCUGUGAGGGGAGAGGAUUUUAUGAUGAAAGGAGAAUAGAGGCAAAAUGUAGGUCAUCUAAAUAGGAUGUGGUGAAUGAAGAAGAUGUAGUCCUUCCUUAUUUGUUCGACACAGCAAAUGCAUUUCACAUCAAAUUGUUUUCGUUUGAUGACAUACGAAAGUUAACAGAUUUAACCAUUUACCACCAUGGUCACAGUGAUAGCCAAUUCGGUUGCAAACAGUUAAGUGUUGAGUGUAUUGACUAACAACAAGCAACCAAAUAAGCAGUAAAUUACAUGGUUAGAGUCCUAUUCCCACCGCCUCGUUUGGAUAUAAAAUGCGUCCAGAACGAUUUACUUGUAAUAUGUCUGUGAUAGACUUUCUGUGAUUCCAUCAGAGAGUGUGAGUGGUUGUGUGUGUGUGUCUCCCCCUGGCACUGAGAAGAACCCUCAUUAAUUCGUCUGUGGCCUUUUCACCAGUUUAUGAAGUCCUGAUUGCACGCUAUUGUUUUGGCGGUAUUUAUCUGAACACAAACCCCAUAAUCACUCCUGCCAAAAUAUGGCUUUGAGAAAAAAAAGGAGAGCUGCCAUUUUUUCAUCAAAAAAAAGGGGCAUUUGUAUUCUCUGCAAAGAAUCCAUCAGGGCACACAAUACCAAUCAGUGGAUAAACCCGAGGACUUUAUUAAUAAAACCACUGUGUGGGCUGCUGCCAGUGUCUUUAAGUCCUCUAAAAGACGACAUCACUCUUUUG